ACAGCAGCCACAGUGGGCAGGCAGGCGGGAGGGCGGCGGGCGGCCGGCAGCGAGGAGUGAGACACUCCAGGAAGUACAGCCCCCUGCCCCGGGGUGCAGCUUGAAUGGGACGGCCCCCAGCCCUGCACAGAUGCGGGGUCCAACUUGAUGCCGCCCUCCAGCUUCUCCGGACUGCACAGGGGAUGGCUACGGCCACAGCCCCAAAGCGAGCCUGGCCCCCAUGGCCCCCUCUCCUGUUCCUGUUCCUCCUGCCCGGAGGGAGCUGUGGCGGGUGCCCUGCUGUCUGCGACUGCACAUCCCGGCCCCGGGCAGUGCUCUGUGCCCAUCGGCGACUGGAGGCUGUGCCUGGGGGACUCCCACUGGACACUGAGCUCCUGGACCUGAGUGGGAAUCGCCUGUGGGCGCUUCAGCGGGGCAUGCUCUCCCGCCUGGGCCUGCUCCAGGAGCUGGACCUCAGCUACAACCAGCUGUCCACCCUGGAGCCUGGAGCCUUCCACGGCCUCCAAAGCCUACUCACCCUGAGGCUGCAGGGCAAUCGGCUUCGAAUCAUGGGGCCCGGGGUCUUCUCAGGCGUGUCUGCCCUCAGGCUGCUGGACCUCCGCCUCAACCAGAUUGUCCUGUUCCUUGACGGAGCCUUUGGGGAGCUUGGCAGCCUCCAGCAGCUGGAGGUGGGGGACAACCACCUGGUGUUUGUGGCUCCAAGGGCCUUCGCAGGGCUGGCCAAGCUGAGCACCCUCACGCUGGAGCGUUGCAACCUCAGCACAGUGCCUGGCCUGGCCCUGGCCCGCCUCCCAGCACUGGUGGCCCUAAGGCUUCGAGAACUGGACAUUGGGAGGCUGCCAGCCGGGGCACUCCGGGGGCUGGGGCAGCUAAAGGAGCUGGAGAUCCACCACUGGCCAUCUCUGGAGGCUCUGGAGCCCAGAAGCCUGGUCGGACUCAAUCUCAGCAGCCUGGCCAUCACCCGCUGUAAUCUGAGCUCGGUGCCCUGCCAAGCCCUCCAGCACCUGAGCUUCCUCAGGGUCCUGGAUCUGUCUCAGAACCCCAUCUCAGCCAUCCCAGCACGAAGGCUCAGCGCUCUGGUGCGGCUGCAGGAGCUACGACUGUCAGGCGCGUGCCUCACCUCCAUCGCUGCCCAUGCCUUCCACGGCUUGACUGCUUUCCAUCUCCUGGACGUGGCCGAUAACGCCCUGCAGACACUAGAGGAAACAGCCUUCCCUUCCCCAGACAAACUCGUCACCCUGAGGCUGUCUGGCAACCCCUUGACCUGUGACUGCCGCCUCCGCUGGCUGCUCCGGCUCCGCCGCCACCUGGACUUCGGCACGUCACCCCCCGCCUGUGCUGGCCCCCGGCACGUCCAGGGGAAGAGCCUGAGGGAGUUUUCAGACAUCCUACCUCCGGGGCACUUCACCUGCCAACCGGCCCUGAUCCGAAAGUCCGGGCCGAGGUGGGUCAUUGCAGAGGAGGGGGGGCAUGCUGUUUUCUCCUGCUCCGGAGACGGAGACCCAGCCCCGGCCGUCUCCUGGAUGAGGCCUUGGGGGGCUUGGCUGGGAAGGGCUGGGAGAGUGAGGGUCCUAGAGGACGGGACGCUGGAGAUCCGCUCAGUGCAGCUACAGGACAGAGGGGCUUAUGUCUGCGUGGUCAGCAAUGUUGCUGGGAAUGACUCCCUGACGACCUGGCUAGAAGUAAUCCAGGUUGAACCACCAAAUGGCACUCUCUCUGACCCCAAUAUCACCACGCCGGGGAUCCCAGGGCCCUUCUUCCUGGACAGCAGGGGCGUCGCUAUGGUGCUGGCGGUUGGCUUCCUCCCCUUCCUCACCUCAGUGACCCUCUGCUUUGGCCUCAUUGCCCUCUGGAGCAAGGGCAAAGGCCGGGUCAAACAUCACACGACCUUUGACUUUGUGGCCCCUCGGCCCUCUGGGGAUAAGAACUCUGGGGGUAACCGGGUCACUGCCAAGCUCUUCUGACCUUUCCUUCCACGUUGGAAUUCCAGCUAAGCCACCUUCAGAUACCAAAAUGGAAGAAGACCAAGGCUGCUUGGACCAGAACCUAGUCCCACACCUGCCUGCAUCGUGCCGGCAGCUGAUGGUGCUCCCGACGGUCGGCCUCGCUCUGCUUUUGCAGUUUGAGGGUCCCAGGGAGCAGAAGACGUACCUCCAUAGUCAGCCCAGCCCUCCCCCCACCCCCCCAACAAAGCAAAACACGUCCCCAAGGCUCCAGUCUACUUGUUCGUACACACUUACACCCUCUAACAAUCACUACCAACUGCCGACCGCAGCUGUAAGAUUAUUGCAGAGGUGAGGCUGGGAAGUGCCGCUUGCUUCUCGGAUUUUCUGCUCCUCAACCAGGCCGUCUCCCUCUUUUUUUCUGCUCUGUCCCCUCCCCAGGCACAAGAAACUAGGGCCAAAUACCCCAGGCUAAGAAGAUAUGAGUGUGCAAGGGGGGUGGGGACAGACUACACAUUGGCGCUAUGUCUGCAUGAGCCUCCAAUACCUGCC